GAGCGCGGAGCAUCUUCCCGACCGCUCCUCGCUGAGCGAACGAGCCAGGGAGGCGAGGACGAGGCGGCCAAGUCAACCUGGGCGCCGGGCCAAGUGGCAGCUGCUUUUGCCUCCGUCGCUGGAGGAAAUAAAUCCGGGUUUGUGGCAUGAGGGUGGGAAGAGCCGGGGAGCAGCGUCUCCCUCCCUCGGCGCCCUGCAAAGGAAGGUAGCCAAUCUCGGGGAAGGAAGGAAGGUAGCAGUCCCAGCAGAGGAAUGCAGAGAGACUGCGGAGGAAGCGAGCCGAGCAGCCCUCCCUCGCCCCAGAGGGAGCCUGGAACCAGCGACAGGGAAAGCUUCAGCUGCUGGAGCCGAGGAAUGCAGAAAUUUGCCCAGAGCAGGAGAGGAGCCAAGAGCUGAAAACGAAAGCAGGACAUCCGCAGCCGGAGGAAGUGGGCGCACACUGGAUUGUGGCGCAAAAGGGACACGGCGACCCCCCUUCCCCACUUUAUCCUUCUCUGGAAAGCUGCUCCCUCCUGGAGGUUGCCCCGGGUGCAAGAGGGCGGGCAGACCCCUUGAAAGAGGGCUGAGCCAUGCUGGCAGCCCGAGAAGCAGCUGCGCUCUAUCAGACGGACUUCGUGCGCAAUGCCAGGGCGGUGGGCGCUCUCUGGGCUGGCUGCACCCUCUGCUUCGGCGUCCUGGAGGUCGUGGUCCUGAUCCAGCCGGCGUGGGUGCAGACAGCGCCGCUCACCUACCAGCUGCCCCCCUCCGGGGUCCUUUUCGACCCCAGCGUCAGCGCCGUGGGCUCCUUCGGCCUCUACCAAGUCUGCAAGGAGCGGGAUGGCACCCUCCAGUGCGAGGGGUCACUGGUCACCCUCACCCCGAUCCCAUCCUUCAAGGCAGCCGCGGUCUUUGUCCUGAUGGCCCUGGUCCUGGUGAUGGGCAGUGUGGCUUCCUUGGGCCUCUUCUGGGUCUGCAGCCCGGGGACUGUCUACAAGGUGUGUGCCUGGCAGCAGCUUUCAGCAGCAACUUGUCAGGCUCUUGGCUGCCUGGUUUUCCCAGACGGAUGGGGAGCCCCUGAAGUCAGGGCUCUUUGUGGGCCUCGGGCCAGGAGCUACACCCUGGGUGCCUGCACAAUACACUGGGCCUUUACCCUUGCCUUGCUGGGCAUAGCCGAUGCCCUGGUACUGGCCACCCUGGCUUUCGUCUUGGGGAACCGGCAGGAUGCUCUGCUACCAGCAGGCUAUGCGCCACCCUCGGGAGGAAGAGGUGUGACUUCAGCACUGACUCCGGACUGAUCUCACCUCCCCAACGGACAUCCUUCAGAAUCGGUUGCUCGCCACAACAGAUCCAUUUACUUGCUGUGCCUAGCUGUUGCAAUAAAGAUAUUUUUUAUUUUAAAAAAUG